UUAAUUGCGUCUCAGCUUAUUUAGCGAUCAAGAUACGGUCACACUUGAGGCAGUAAAUAAACUAUUUUAAGCAGUUUAUUUACGUUUUUCGCAGCCAAAUCCAGGAAACUCCCUUGAAAUGACUCGCCACGCACGUAACUGCACGGCCGGAGCCGUGUACACCUACAACGAGAAGAAGCGCGACGCGGCGGAGUCCGGCUACGGCACGAAUGCCCAGCGCCUGGGCAAGGAUUCGGUGAAAUCCUUCGACUGCUGCUCCCUGACGCUGCAACCGUGUCGCAGGCCAGUGAUCACCAAGGAUGGCUACCUGUUCGACAAGGAGGCCAUCCUGCAGUACAUAGUGACCAAGAAGAACGAGUACAGCCGCCGGCUGAAGGAGUACGAGCGUCUGCGGCGCGCGGAGGAGGAUAAACUGAGCCAGGAGGCCAACAGCAAGCAGCAGGCGCGCAUGGAGCGCUUCGUCAAUGCCGAGAAGCCAGCGAUGACGCCCGCCCACUCCUCGGCCGCUGCCAGCGAGAAGCCGUCGACCUCUUCCGCCGCUGCUGCCGCUUCAUCUGCAUCCUCGUCCGCAUCCUCGAUUUCCAACAUGACCAACGGGCACGAGAAGAAGCUGCCCAGCUUUUGGCUGCCCUCCGAGUGCCCCAAUGCUGGGUUGGCCAAGGCCCAGAAGCCCGACGCCACCAUCUACUGCCCGGUGUCGCAGAAACCGCUGCGCGUCAAGGAUCUGAUUGAUGUGAAGUUCACGCUGCUCAAGGACGGCGACACGAAGCGCUCGCUGAUUGCCAAGGAGGCGCGCUACAUGUGCCCCAUUACCCACGACGCGCUCAGCAACGCGGUGCCCUGCGCUGUGCUGCGUCCCACUGGCGAUGUGGUGACCAUGGAGUGCGUGGAGCGGCUGAUCAGAAAGGACAUGAUCCAUCCGCUCACGGAUCGCAAGCUGAAGGAAAAGGACAUCAUUCCCCUGCAGCGAGGCGGCACUGGCUACGCAACGACGAACGACAACCUCCAGGCCAAGGAAAAACGGCCCAUGCUCCAGGCCUAAGACGAAUUUACCCAGCCGCCAGCUACUUAGGAGCACUUCAAUAGAAAUGUAAUCAUUUUAGCCCUAGCUAGGUUAAACAAUCAAUUAUUUCCUCAGAUUUUAAAACAAUUGUUUAUCAUAACUUAUACAAGACUUGGCCAUUUUAUCUGUUCCAAUUCUACAUUUUCGUUUAUUGCAAGAGGAAGUACAAACAUACUUAUUGUUAAAUAGGAAAAAACAAAAUAAAUCCACUGAUAAUCGUACCAUGCAA